UACGAUAUCAUAAACAUUCAACAUGGGAAAAGAAAAGAUUCACAUUAACAUUGUGGUCAUUGGCCAUGUCGACUCUGGAAAAUCAACCACCACUGGUCACUUGAUCUACAAGUGCGGAGGUAUUGAUGAGCGUACUAUUCAAAAGUUUGAAAAAGAAGCUCAAGAGAUGGGCAAGGGUUCCUUCAAAUACGCCUGGGUUUUGGACAAACUGAAGGCUGAGCGUGAGCGUGGUAUCACUAUUGAUAUUGCUCUCUGGAAAUUCCAAACUGACAAGUUCUACGUUACCAUCAUUGAUGCUCCUGGACAUCGUGAUUUUAUCAAGAACAUGAUUACUGGCACCUCACAGGCUGACUGUGCUGUGCUCAUUGUUGCUGCUGGUACUGGUGAGUUUGAAGCUGGUAUUUCAAAGGAAGGCCAGACUCGUGAACAUGCUCUUCUUGCUUAUACCCUUGGUGUCAAACAGCUCAUCAUUGGUGUCAACAAGAUGGACAGCACCACUCCACCUUACAGUGAGAGUCGUUUCAAGGAAAUUGAGAAAGAAGUCAGUGGAUACAUUAAGAAGAUUGGUUACAAUCCUAAGACUGUUGCCUUCGUGCCAAUUUCUGGUUGGGUUGGUGAUAAUAUGAUUGAGGAUUCACCAAACAUGCCAUGGUACAAGGGCUGGGCUGUUGAACGUAAAGACAAGGAUGGCAAGGAAGAAAAGGUUUCUGGCAAAACUUUGAUCAAUGCUCUGGAUAGCAUUCAGCCACCAUCUCGUCCAAGUGACAAGCCCCUCCGUCUGCCCCUCCAGGAUGUCUACAAAAUUGGAGGCAUUGGUACAGUGCCAGUAGGUCGUGUUGAGACUGGUAUCAUCAAGCCUGGCAUGGUUGUAACCUUUGCUCCCACCAACGUAACAACUGAGGUGAAAUCUGUAGAGAUGCACCAUGAGGCCCUUCCCGAAGCCACCCCUGGUGACAAUGUAGGCUUUAACAUCAAGAACGUCUCUGUCAAAGAAAUCAGAAGAGGCAACGUUGCUGGUGACAGCAAAAAUGAUCCACCAAAGGCCACCAAGCAGUUCCAUGCUCAGGUCAUCAUUCUGAACCACCCUGGUGAGAUCAAGAAUGGCUAUGCACCAGUGUUGGACUGUCACACUGCCCACAUUGCCUGCAAGUUUGCUGAAAUCAAGGAGAAAUGUGAUCGUCGUUCAGGCAAAAAGCUGGAAGACAAUCCCAAGUUUGUUAAAUCUGGAGAUGCUGCCAUGGUUGACUUGGUCCCAAGCAAACCUAUGUGCGUGGAGGCUUUCCAGGAGUACCCACCCCUUGGUCGCUUUGCUGUCCGUGACAUGAAACAAACAGUAGCUGUGGGUGUCAUCAAGUCUGUUAUCAAGGAAGAUGCCGCCGCCGGUAAAGUCACAAAGGCUGCAGCCAAGAAGAAAUGAAUAAGAGAUGAUGAAAUUUACUUCAUAGCUCGAAACAGAUUUUGCGAAAGCUCUCAGAAGUCUAAAAAAGACUGUCCACAUUAUCGUAGCAAAGAUUUUGCUGCAAUUUUUAGUUUUAUGCCAAUUAAGAAGCUGACUCAGCUCAUUUUAAUUUCGUGGUCUAGGUGGCUUUUACAGUCAAAAUUGCACAGAAAAGAGUUCAGGAGGAAAAAUGUUUUAUUUAUUAUGUAAAAAUGUUCUUAGUGUAAAAUAAAGCUUUUAAUUUA